AAGUUACAGCGCAACAUCAUGGUGGACAAAACACUCAGCUAAUUACAUGAGAGUAGGUAUUACACACUGUUCACUUGAUACUAUAAAUCCAGGCGCUCAAGUCUCCAAUCAAAUCUCAUUGUGACAGGCAUUAGGGGAUUAUCCCUGUGUGCUUUGGGCCCUUACAGUCGGCCCGGUGGCUCCGGCAAACAGCACUUUCCGGUAACCGUGGCACUGCUUCUCCUCUCAGCCUGCCUCAGCCUGGCCGGCCCUGAAAGAGCCACCGAGGCUCAUGGGCCUUCGCUCAGCUGGCCAGCUCACUGUCAGAGCUCGGCAUUCACAGGGAUGUAUGGUCAGGAUGGGACGCAGCACUUCACAGAACCAGACUCCUCACCGGCUGAAAGCGCCAACAUGAACGCUAGCGGCCACCUGGCAGCAGGCAGUUUGUGCGCCAUAUGUGGAGACAGAGCGACUGGCAAACACUAUGGGGCCUCCAGCUGUGACGGCUGCAAGGGCUUCUUCAGGCGCAGCGUCCGCAAAAACCACAUGUACUCGUGCAGGUUCAGCAGACAAUGUAUUGUGGACAAAGACAAGCGAAAUCAAUGCCGAUACUGCCGACUGAAGAAAUGCUUCAGAGCUGGCAUGAAGAAAGAAGCUGUACAGAAUGAACGAGACAGAAUCAGCACCAGGAGAUCCAGCUACGAAGACAGCAGUUUACCGUCCAUCAAUGCACUCAUCCAGGCAGAUGUACUGUCAAGACAGAUCACAUCCCCUGCUCCCAUACUGAACGGCGACAUAAGGACCAAAAAGAUCGCCACCAUCACAGACGUGUGUGAGUCCAUGAAACAGCAGCUGUUGGUCCUGGUGGAGUGGGCCAAGUACAUCCCAGCCUUCUGUGACCUGCCCUUGGAUGACCAGGUGGCAUUGCUGCGAGCUCAUGCAGGGGAACAUCUCCUGCUUGGUGCUGCAAAGAGGUCCAUGCUGUACAAAGAUAUCCUCUUAUUAGGAAAUGACCACAUUAUUCCAAGAAACUGCCCAGAGCUAGAAGUGGGCAGGGUAGCAGUGAGAAUCCUGGAUGAGCUGGUGCUUCCCUUCCAAGAGCUUCAGAUAGAUGACAAUGAAUAUGCAUGCUUGAAAGCCAUAGUUUUCUUUGACCCAGGUACUACAACUCAUUCAGCUUAUGCUAAAGGUCUGAGUGACCCCGGAAAGAUCAAGCGAAUGCGAUAUCAGGUCCAGGUCAGCCUGGAGGACUACAUCAAUGACAGGCAGUACGACUCUCGAGGCCGCUUCGGGGAGCUGCUCCUGCUGCUGCCAACGCUACAGAGCAUCACCUGGCAAAUGAUUGAACAGAUCCAGUUUGUCAAACUCUUCGGCAUGGCAAAGAUCGACAACCUCCUACAAGAAAUGCUUCUUGGAGGUUCUGCUAACGAGGCACCACAUGCACCUCAUUCUCUGCACCCUCAUCUGGUUCAGGAGCACCUCAGCAGCAACGUUAUAGUGACCAGCAACAUGCCAACGCCGAUCCACAAUGGUCAGAUCUCCACUCCUGAAACCCCGAUCCCGUCUCCACCCACUGCCUCCAGCUCAGAACAUUAUAAAAUGGCUCAGGGGGUCAUAGCCACCGUGCCCAAGCAGCCAACCUCCAUCCCUCAGCCCACCAUUACAAAGCAAGAGGCCAUCUAACAACGCUUUGAAUCCUUAAUCCUUCAUUUUUUUUUUGUAAUGUGCUAAACCAGAGUCGUUAUAUGUGACAUUGUACACAAUCAGCAUUGAAGCUGAAUAUAUAGAAUAUAAUUUCCGGCAUGUUCCUUACAGAUUCUUGGGGUAUCUAUUUGUACAUAUAUGCAGCUGUAGUUGAGCUCCACAGCUCAAUGAAAGCCAGAAAAAGGCUGACACUUAGACGGAAGUCCUCUUGUAUAUACAGUACAGUAUAGUUCAUCAUUGGGUAACAUCACGUCCUUUAGCAUGUCCUCAGUGUGUGCAGUAAGGCUUGUGUCAGACAUGGUGACGCGAUCAUGUCAGUAUUUUAUGAAUGUUACAACAGGCAUUAUAUUUAGUGCUGAACAUUUUUUUUUUUUUUUUUUUAUUAGUGAAAAAAAUAAAUUAGAAAUUUAGAUUGAAUUGUUCAGCUAUUUUGGACUCUCUUUUAAAACGAAACAGUUUGUUUUACGCACUGGAAUAUACAUAUUUACAGGACGAAACAUUUUUUAAAAUGUCCACAGAGAUAAUCAACCUACAGUGACAAGUCACAGACAGACACAGUGAAGUUUCCCAAUAACAUGUUGCGUUGCUUUUUGAACAUAUAUAUAUAUUUUUUUUUUGUUUAGUACUUUGUCAUGGUUUUACUGAUGACAUAAACUGUGCCUUGUAACCUGUACUGCCUUACAAAACCGGGCAAUGUUUCGCCUUACAAUGUGAAGAUGAGUUAAUAAAUCUUAAGUUCUAUUUUUA